AUGAAGAUCGAUGUGCCGAAUUUUUUUGGGAAGUUAGAACCCAAUGCUUUCGAGGACUGGUUAAUGGCUAUCAAGGAUUAUUUCAAUUGGUUCGCUGUAUCGGAGGAUAGAAAGGUUCAUUACGUUCGGAUGAAAUUGAAGGGGCAUGCACGAGCAUGGUGGGGAAGUGUGGAAGAACAAUUACGCCGUACUCGACGUCCAACAAUUUCCAAUUGGGAAGAGAUGAAGGAGAGACUGAAGGAAAAGUAUUUGCCCAUUGAUUAUGAACAAAUGAUGUUUGAAGAGAUAUUGCAGCUCAGGCAAGGGUCAUUGAGUGUCGAUCAAUUUACGGACCGCUUCCAUGAGUUGAGUGUCCGCCGCAAGAUUGUGCAAACUGAACAACAAACCUUAGCUCGAUAUCGCACUGGCUUAUGGAGCAAGCUAUGCAGAGAAAUGUGGAUUGCUCGCUUAAUCAACGUAGAGGAGGCGUAUCAGUUGGCACUCCGUAUUGAGAAACAAAAAGGUUCUACGGUUGGGAGGAAAAUGACGUCGACAGAUGCAAGACCAGAACGUGUCACUCCACCUUCAUUCCAAAGAGCACUAUUGCCAAAAGAUCACUUUAGAGGCACGGGGAGUGGAGAUCUAAAAAGGAAAGAAAAAGUUACCAGUGAAGGACCCCAAUGUUAUAAAUGUAAAGGCUUUGGACACUAUGAUGUCGUGUGUCCUACAAGAGAUAAGAAACUAGCCUUUAUAUGUGAAAAGGAAUUAUUAGUGAUGGAAGCUGAUGAAGACACGGAGGGGGAGGAGUCUGAUGGAGAUAGUCAUGGUGAAGAAGAACAUUUGGGUGCGUCGGAGUUACCUAGUUGCGUGAUCAAGAGAGUAUUGACGGGAUCAAAGAGAGAACUCCAGGCCAAUCUCGAGUGA